GCUUUUAAGAAUUCCUUAAUUGUAAACAAUUGUGUUGAAACACCAAAACUUCCAUUAAUGGAAAAGAAAACCUUGGGAUGCAUCUAUGCUGUAGAAUGAAUCCACUUUAAUUGCCUUGGUUCAGUGCUAUAGAAUCCUAGGGGUUGUAGUUUGAAAUGGUUUUGAGCCGUCUCUGCCAAAUAACGCUGGUGCUUUACCAGACUAUAAAUCCCAGCAUUGUAUGGCAUUGAGCACUGGCCAUUUAAUUAGAGAUUAUGUCCCUCAAAGAGGAGUUCCAGAUACGGCUCCUGAAGCAGCAUCCUCUUUUGCUUUUGCUCAGCACUAAGAUUAUUGCAUGACUUGAAUCUAAUGUGUACCCCCAAUGUUGCCAAGGCCAAUUUGCCAAAAAAGAUGAGCAUUAAAUUGGAGUAAAUACAGUAAUUAAAGCUUAAAAUAUAAUUUUAUUCCAUAUUUUGAAAAUAUAGGAAUUUUCUGUGUUCAGAGUGCUAAUCUUUUAAGAUUUUGUCCAUAGCAAUAUUGAUCUAUCAAACAAGCUCUAUUGUAUUUAUCCAUUUUGCUUAUUGAAUGUAUAUCCUGCCUUUCUAGCAAAGUGAGAUCCAAUUCAGCUAACAACAAUUUAAAAGCAAUAAAAUUAAAACAUUAAAUUGCAAAAAUUAAGAAGAAAUUACAUACCUAAUAUUAUUAACAUGGUCCUUACAAUUAAAAAAAUUAAAAUAUAAUUUUAAGACAUAAUACUAAUAAGUACAAAGGAUUAAAGCAUUGAAACGGUGCACCAAUUGCAUAUACAAGCUACAAUUAAAAUGUACAGUUCAAAUGCCUGCCUGGAUAAUAAUGUCUUCACCUGCCACUGAAAAGAGAGCAGGGAGGGUCCAACCAGACCUCAGUUGGAAGGAAGCAACUAUGGAGAAAGUUCUUGACCCACAUAUGCCCCUCUUUAUAGAACAAAAUGUGCUAUAUGUUGUGGUAUUCAACAGAAUGGUACAUGAAAAUAAUAGCAUGCUCUCAAAUCCCCAAUUUCCUAUUUAUUUCUUCAUACUUUUACUAAAUUAAACCAACCUGUUGAUGAGACUUUGAGAUCCAAGGAAAUUUGCAAAUAUACCUAAAAACAUUUUACAAGCAAAUCUAUUCUGUAUAAUACAAAAGGUUUUGUUUUGACAGAAUAACAAAUAGAAUAUAUAUGUUGGAACUUCAAUAAAAGAGAAAAAUAAUAUAUUUCUCAUGAUACCCAAAACAGCAAAAUCAACUUUUGAAGGAUUUAUACUCGCUACAGCUGCUAACUACAGUUUAAAGUACAUUUACAUUUGGGGUUUGGAGGGCAGUAGCUAAUGGCAAUCAGUAUUUCAGAGCAAAUUGCAACUGGUAUAUCGCAAACUUAAAAUGAACUCCUGUGCAGUACAGGAGAGAAUGCACUGAACUGGGAUUUUUUUUAACCCUUUAAGGUUCACAAUGGAGUCUGGCAGUAAAGUGAGCUCAGCAGUGUAUUUAACAAUGCAGCAUUAGUGGGCUCCUGUUUGGAAAUCCAGGAUCUCGCCCAAAACAAGCAACAAAAAGUUAUGACUUGUACAAACUUGCAAAUAGUGAGCAAGCACUAUUAGCAAAUAUGAAACUUUGUACCAUAUUCCAGUGUUCUAGUUCUCAACAGUUGAAUAUAUCAAGACAUUUUAGAACAUGGCUCAGAAUGCUUUGUAUAGGUUUAAUUCAACUUUACUCAGUACGGACACAAAUGUAGUGCCAGUCUCUGGGAUACUGGGGGAAAAAUACCAUAAUUGCUGGGCCCCUACAUCAGAUAAUUUGAGAAGCACUAAUCUACUGAACAAUGGCUUCAAACUACAGGAAAUGAGAUUCCAAUUGGACAUUAAGAAGAACUUCUUAACUGUGAGAGCUGUUAAGCAGUGGAACUCUCUGCCCUGGAGUGUGGUGGAGGCUUUUAAGCAGAGGCUGAAUAGCCAUCUGUUGGGGGUGCUUUGAAUGCGAUUUUCCAGCUUCUUGGCAGGGGGUUGGACUGGAUGGCCCAUGAGGUCUCUUCCAAUUCUAUGAAUGAACCUCCCACAAGCACCUUAACAUGAAUCUAAUGUACCUUAAUCAAGCAUUAGCAAAAUGUUACAGCACAAUAUUAAAUAUAUAUUUUAGAUGUAAGUCUCACUGAGUUCAAUACAGUUUGAUUCUGACAGAUAUUUAUUCAGUUGAAACCUAAAAUAUGUUAAUAGCCCCAAAUAGAAUAUAUAGACCCACUGAAUCAUGAGUUAACAUUUAUGCAAAUCCCAUUUAAUUAGUUGGAACUUUAAUACAAUUCAAGCCAUAGUGUACUUUUGCAUGAAAUUAUAUUUAUUUCAUAUGUUGCAACAGAAACCUGUUGUAGCUGGCCAAUUACAUUCUAGUAAAUAAUGUGCAUGUAGGCAUGUGUUAAUAUGCUAUACUUGGAUGUCCGGUCUAUAAAAAGCUUUAAGUGAAAGUUGACCUUCAAUUCAUGUUGUACCUCCUGUGUGUAUGGCUGCUGUUUGCUGGAAAAAGAGCAGACAAGCAACCAGUGUUGAUAUUCACCUUUUCCUCUCCUUGAAGAUGACUAAAGAAGCUAUAUCUCUGUGUGCUCUGAACAAGACAUUAAACAGAGUGGAGAGCAAACUGCAAACUAUAGAAGCUCGAUUCAUUGUACUAGAUUCUAGCAUUCAGAAAUUAUCAGAGAAGUUUGGACUUUGGAGUACCGACUUGGAACAUCAGAUUGAUCAGGAUGAAAUGUGGACAUCUCUGCUAGAAGACAGAUUCACAUCUGUGGAGGUAAACCUUUUCUACAGCUACAUCUGUGAAACUAUUCAUUGCUUACACUCUCACGUAGUAAAGAGGCUACCGGAUCUGGCAAGAGGGCUUCCAACUCUGUCAUCUAUUUUGAGGCGAAAAGCAAAAAACCCGAGAAUUAGGCUGGCAUUGGAGACAGCGCUUGAGAAGCUGGGACUGCAUGAAGGAGAAGUGAAUGCCCUCUGUGUAUUUUUCAUUACACAUAGCCGUGAUGCCUGCUAUUAUCCUGCGAGACAAAGGGAAGGUUAUACCAAAGAUAUCUGCUCCAUGAUCAACAGUGUGGUCAAGAACCAGCUCCUUCAACGCAGCCUGUUGUGUGCUGUUCAGGUGGUGGAAAAUAGCAAAGUCUGAAGAGGUUACCCACAAAUCUCUCAAAAGCAUUGCUGAAAUACAUAUCAUUGAAAAGUCCUCCCUUCAAAUCUGGCUUGCCAUGCAUCCCAGAUUUUAAGGGACAGUCCCGUAUUUUGACCAAAAUGUCCUGCAUCCUGUAACAUUUUCCCCCAGGACGUCAAUUGUCCCGCCUGUAUUUUAAUUUCAUUGUUUAUCAAAAUAUAUGUGACAUCAAACCUUAUCACUAUUUUGAAUGCAAUUUUAAUAUCAUUUUACUCUGUUUUCAUCUUGUUAUUGUGUCUCUUAUUUCCAGCUUCAACACCUGGCAACCCUGCUUUAAAUAUGUCCGCAACUGGGAAAAGUAACACAGUCCUGCCUUACAAAUCUGUUGUAAAGUCAAAAAGGGAAAUAUAUAUGAUGCUCUUUGUAAACUCUAAAGCACAACCGUAAUAACUAGGUAAUUCUAAUUUUCACCACAUCUUUUCAAAUACCUUCAAACGAUUCUACUGUGGGUUGCUGGCCAGGAAUUAUAUUAAACCUUUUGUUUUAUAGUUUCUAUUCUUAAAUAAAUUAGGUUAAUUC